AUGACUCUUUCUACACAUCUAGAUGCAGAUUUUAUUGAAGAAGAAAUCGCUGGGCGGGACGGAGGAUCCCGGCAGGAUGUUGUGAACAAAUUUACGAAGAUGAACCAUGCGAAUCAGUCGAAAAGGAGCAGGCAGAGGAAAAAGGAGCACCCUGGGUCAAAAGUGGUGGAACGGUUGGCCGGAAUUGCCAAAAAAUAUCGAAUCCCAGAGCAGGAUAUGGAUCCAGAGUUGGCAUACGAGCUUGUGCACGACGAAUUGGCACUAGACGGCACCACAACGCUCAAUUUGGCAUCAUUCGUUAAUGUGCAUCUCGAUGAGUGGGCCCAAAAGUUGAUUGAUGAGAACUUGACGAAAAAUUUGGCCGACAACGACGAGUACCCGAUGAUGAUUGAGCUCCAGAACAGAUGCGUGUCAAUGUUGGCGGACCUGUGGCACGCGCCGAUCGACGCGUCGAAAUCCGACAGCGGCAGUCGCACCAGGGCCAUUGGAACUCCCUGCACCGGUUCAUCUGAGGCUAUCAUGCUUGGUGGGCUUGCAAUGAAGAAGAACUGGCAGCAAAGACGCCGAAGAGAGGGAAAGAGUACUGAACAUCCAAACAUUCUUAUGGCUUCUUGCUGCCAGGUGGCCUUGGAAAAGUUUGCACGUUACUUUGAUGUUGAAGCAAGGAUUGUCCCCGUGUCAAAGACCGAUUACCUCAUCAACUACGACGAGAUCAAGCCCCGAUUGGACGAAAACACGAUUGGCAUGUUUGUAAUCCUAGGCUCGACGUACACAGGUGGCUUUGAGAGUGUUGCACGGGUGUCUGAGAUCCUCGACUCCUUCCAAAAAGACACAACCAUCGAUAUUCCGAUCCACGUAGAUGGUGCAUCGGGCGGAAUUCUUGCUGCCAUCGCUUACCCGGAGCUCAAGUGGGAUUUCCGGCUCAACCGGGUCAAAUCCAUCAACACUUCAGGCCACAAAUUCGGUCUAACUGCAGUCGGACUCGGCUGGGUGAUCUUCCGCACCAAAGAGUGGCUCCCAGAGUCUCUCAAGUUCCAAUUACAGUAUCUAGGUGGCCUAGAGGAGUCCUUCAGCCUCAACUUCUCAAGGCCAGGCUGCCAGGUCAUCCAACAGUAUUACAACUUCUUGCGUUUGGGUCGGGCUGGCUACCGUGAGAUUUUCGACAACUGUCUCAUCAGUGCUCGUAUUCUCUCUCUCUUCCUUGAGGAAACAGGCUAUUUCCGGUGUGUUUCCAACGUCCAUCUUCCCCGGGGUGUGUCCAGCUCCAUACAAAGUUCAACAAGCUGCUCAGCAGCCUCAUCUUUUGGUAGUCUUGACCUCGAAAACCACGAAAAGUUCAACCCGGCCCUCCCGGUGGUCUCAUUCCAGUUCUCGGCCGAGUUCAGUAGGAAAUACCCGGAGAUCCCGCAGUCAACCGUCUCAAAGAUGCUUCGAAACAAGAAGUGGAUUGUACCAAACUACCCACUUCCAAAAACAAGCAUUCCUUUGCCCGGAGAGUCCCCAAAUGCCGAAAUUCCAGCACAAACAGGAAAAAUCGCAAACAACGAGAUCCUCCGGGUGGUCGUCAAGUACGAUCUACGCAACCAGUUGCUUGACAAGCUCAUGCACGACAUAGUGGAUGUCGUGGAGGUACUAGUGGGCUCAGUUGAGGCCAUGAGGGCCAAUGUCAGCGAAUACAAGACACACACCGAGGGUGCCCAGCAGCAGAUUGGAGAAAAAAUGGUUUAUGACAUGCUUCUCAGCCUUGCAAAGGAUGCGGAUCCUCGUCUUCUCAAGCAGAAGAAGGAGAUUACCGAGUCUCAUGACAAGCAUGGACACAUAUCGUUCCGGGGAACCUGUUGA